AUGUCAAACUCAACCAGCACCCCAAAUGCCUCAGGGGGACAGCUGGUCUGUCUUCUGCUAGAGAGGAUGAAGGAGCACCGCCUCAACAACAACACACAGGCCAACUUGGUGGUGGUUUGCAUCCACGGUCUGGUCUCCUGCCUGGGGAUUUUGGAGAACGCACUCAUCCUCUGGGUGGUGGGCUUCCGCCUGCGGCGCCGCACGGUAGCCUCUGUCUGGGUGCUCAACCUGGCCAUGUCUGACUUCCUGGCAACUCUGACGCUGCCACUCUUUACCUUCUAUCUUAACUCCUCGCAUAGCUGGGAGCUCGGCAGCCUACUUUGCAAGACGCAGGCGUCCAUCUUCUUCUUGAACAUGUUUGUGUCUGCCUUCCUGCUGGCAGCCAUUUCAGUGGACCGCUGCCUUCUGGCAGCCAAGCCAGUGUGGAGCCAGAAUCAUCGCUCGGUGCCGGGAGCUUGGAAGGUGUGUGCGUUGGGUUGGAUGUGGGCAGUAAUCAAUACACUGCCUUACUUCCUGUUCCGCUCAGUGACUGAGAAACAGGAUGGGAGGAAGCUGUGCUAUCAUAAUUUUGCCUUAUAUUCAUCCUCUCAAGCCACUCUGGAGAGCGAUUGCAAAGUGAGGCAGGCGGCAACAGCUAUCUCAAAGUUCCUGCUCGCAUUCCUGUUCCCCCUGGUGGUAAUCGCAGGGAGCUACAUCCAAAUUGUUCUCAGCCUGAGGAACAGGAGCAGGAGGAGGAAGCAGAGUGCCAGCAGGCUCAUUGAUGCACUGAAUGUGUCAAACAAAGAUGGGGCAUUAGGAACUACAAAUACCCCGACAAGCACAAAAAACACUAAUAUCUUUCUCAAGCCUCCGGCCUCCGGUCCAUCUUCACCCCUGACACCUACUGCCUUGUCACCCACUACCCAUAAUCACAGUCAGCUGUCCCAGAGCUUCACCAAGAUGGUGACAUUUGUGGUCGCAGCAUUUGUACUUUGCUGGGCUCCCUACCACAUCAUCUGCUUGAUCGAAGUGACAGCCCAGUACUGGCUCGAAAAUCUCGACCUGGUGGAGGUGGGGCUGCCCUUGGCCACAACUAUUGCAUUCUUGAAUCCCGUGUUGAACCCCAUUCUGUAUGCCUUCAGCUGCCCAAACUUCUGCGUGAGGAUACGACAGAGUCUGGGAGCAGUGUUUGACGGCCUGGUAGAGGAAGGAGGGGGGUUACUGAUGGUACCAGGGAGAAGUUUAAGAGCUCAUAUUCGGCGGAAGAGCAGUCGAGAUGUGAACCUUGCAACGCCGGGGUCACCGACGUGUUCACUUUCACCACGUCUACCACCUCACAGCCAAUUGCACUUUCCACUGCCUUCGUUCUCUGAAGAUCUUAAAGACACCAACAUGGAGCAUACAAGACAAGACUCUAAAGAUGAUGUGGAGCAUAGCUGAGACGCUGGACUUUUGGCGUGUUUGAUUUUGUGUAAUC